UCGAAGGAUAAAGAAAGGGAGAAGGACGUAAAAGUCUCAAACAUGUCUGAACGAAGAUCUGUGGUUCUUGCUCUUCCUGCUCUCUCCCAAUAUCCAGCAAUUCUCCACCGAAAUAACAGGAGAAUGUUUUGUGGACUCAAUGAAGCUGUUCAAGCUAAUGAAUCAGAAGCUAUUAGUAUCUCGGAUGAGGAUCAUGGUAAUCCUAUAUCUAGCGUAUAUUCAGAAAAUAAUUGUGUUCGUGGUCGUGCUGGAGGUCGUGGCCGUAACCAUAGGCGUGGCCGUGGUCGUGGUCGUGGCCGUGGUCGUGAUAAUCAUGAUCUUGGUGGUCCAAGUAGAAACAGUAGCGACAACCGGAGCUUAAGACAACGUUGUCCUGUUUUGGGAAGCCAGGCAAAUCCGCGCAUCCCGGGUCAACCAUCUUCGACAAACAAUAUGGUUAAUAAUGAUGUAGUCGAAGUUGUUAACUUGGAGAGUUAUACAGAUGAAGAUGGUGAGAACAAUAAACAAUACUAUUUGAUUUAUAAUUGGCAAAGUAUGUUCCGGUUGCUGCUGAAAGCCAAAGAAGCUGAUUUUUUUUUUCUCGUUUUUGAACAUUUAGAUGCUUUAGUGUAUGGAGGCUUAGAAGAUUUACCAUGUUGGAAAAAUUCGCAACAGGUUUGUAAUAGCAAAUUAUAUAUAUACAUACAUAUUAAUAUUUUGUGUAAGAGAUUAAAUUUAAGAAUAAUGUGACAUUUUUUUCUUUUGGUUUUACAGAUGUAUGGUGACUGGCGUAAAUGGUGAUCUGAAUCAAGUUGGUGAAGUUAUCUUUUUGGGUAUUUAUCUGAAUGUAUUGACAGUGAGAUGUUUUUCAAUUGACUGCUGCGUUUUAAAGGUUACAAACUAUAUUAAUGAUUUGAGACAAAUAUUGAUACCCAUAGCUAAGGAUUUUAAAAAAAUAAUAUCAUAAAUUUGGACAGAAGGUUUGCAUUAUUUCCCUUAUGCAUAUGCGCUUGCAAAAAUUUCUAAACCAUAAUGUAGUAGGCAGAGUUGGGCCAGUUGGCUACUCAGAUCUUCCUCUUAUAGUGAUUCUGACAAAUUAGAAAGUACAAAAGAAUCAUUCGUUUGCCACUUUCUUACUAAACGACAGUGUUUUGCUUAUCUCUCUUUUGUCUUUUCCCAACUAUUCAAGAUCUUCACUAGCAAUAAAUAAUGAAUACAUUUACACACCCCAAGAGCUAAGGAAGACAAAAAUAUUCUUAAAUAAUCACGACGUCAGACUUUGAAUCGGAUAUCCAUUUGACCAUACCGUCUGGAUACCACAAAGAUUACGUUUCUGUGUAAAAGUCCAUCACAUGUUCUCAAAAAAAUAAAGUAGGAGAAAAAAAGAACUGAAUGGUUGGUUGGUAAAGAAAGAUGAUACGUAGCUUCCGGUUUAGAGCUCCGACGAACCAUCCCGGUUCCUCCAUCAAAACCGACCACAGCCACCGGUUAAUCAGGUUUCCAACGAAAUGCUCGUCACCAGAUCUCAGCCAUUACACGGUUCUUGGUUUGACUCCUUUUGCAUCUCAAGCCGAAGUCAAGCGAGCCUUCAAACGUCUCGCCCUUAAGGUAAUAAUGUCCCAGUUUGUGUCCUAUCUCUUGUUUUUGUUUCUUCUUUCUUUGGGAGAAAUGUUCCAACUUUAAUUCGAAUCAAUUCAAGAAAUAAAGGGAUGUAAUAAGAUAAGAAAAUAAAUAAAUGAGUGAUUGCAGUACCAUCCAGAUGUGCAAAAGGGACAGGAGAAGGAUUUCAAGGAGAUCAUAUCAGCUUACGAGGUUAAUUUUCUUGUUCUCUUUUCUGUUUCUUGAUUUUCUUUUUAAAAUUUUAAUUAAUGGGUUAUUAAAUAUCAAGAAAGAAAGCCUUGCUUUUGACCUGUUUGUUUGUAUGUGAUUUUAUUGUACUUCUUGUUUUCUUUUCAUAUUAUGACUUCAUUGUGGUAUUUAGACACUCUAAUAUAGAACUGAGAGCUUAGUAUACUCCAUAUAACAGCCACGAACUCACAUUGUCUUUUGUAUCCAUGAUCCAUCACAUUUCAGUGUUUGAUGCAAAAGUUUGAGAGUCAAGAAGAAGAAGAAGUAGAGGAGAUUACAGAACUGGAUGCAACCGACGAGUGGGAAGAAUGGAUGGGAUUCGAAGGUGGGAUACCAUCAAGCGUGUACACUUCUUUUUAGAGAAAAUACCAACGUGUACUUGUUACACCAAAUAGAGGUAGAGUCAUAUUAACCAAGAUUUUGAACUGUCACCGGAGAAAAGAUAUAAUAUGAAAUUGAAAUGUCUGAACUUAAAAAAAAAACCAUUAGUAAUUUCUUAUGAUAAUAAAUUAUGGUGUAAACAUAAAAAUUACUUGUUAUGGUAAUUUUAAUUUUAUUUUAAAUUGGUUGAAUAAAUAUUAUGGUUUAUGCAUUA